GUUCCGUCCAUGGGCUGUGCUUUGUUGUGCGUCAAACCGUUCCAUCUUGCAGUCAAGUCAAAUCCGGCCAGUCCGACGUGUCGCUCGAUGCUGAUAAUGCAAAUUCAUUAGAGCAAACCUAACCGUGGACGAAUGUUAAAUGAGAACGAGAAUUCAUUUCGACGCACGGUACCGCAUGUAGAUACGACACGACAUGGUGUGAUAAAUAUUACCCCUGUGACUGUUUCCUAAUCAUUCGUGUGUAGAACUUGCGGAAGGUCGUGUACUCCUGUUUUUUGUUCUUUCACGCGAACCGUCGUAUUUUCGUCGCCCAACCGGAGAUUACUUGUCGCAGGCUGCAACUGUAAUGCGUUUAAUCCACAUGGGUCUCAACGAUCUGGUGCACUGGUAUCAAAAAAAGAUUGGAACGUAUGAUAAGCAGCAAUGGGAGAGGACUAUAGAGCAGCAUAUUCUUGACGGGCUUACGCACGUCCCGAUGAGAACAACGAAACUCAAAACGGAGCUGAUCGACGUGGAUCUCGUUCGCGGAUCCUCAUUUCCAAAAGCCAAGCCGAAGCAUGGUCUGUUGACGGUAGCUUGCCUAGCGUUUCAGCGACUCUUGUUCCUUCCGUUGUACAAAAAGUGGUGGAUACAGCAAACGAGUCAUCGCAUUUUUGUGCUUUUCUUGUUACUGUACAGCUUGCAAGCGAUCAAUCUCUUCCUGUAUUACGUUUACGCGAAUAGAGAAAAUGAGGCGGAAAUUGUGUCAAUGUCAGAAGUAUUAGUACCUGUUGUUAUGAUGUUUGUUCUGUGCAUUGUCCAUUCCCAUAUUGUGUCGACACAUUCAGGCCCUACUAUGACUUAUAAUCAAUCCAGACAACGAAUAACAAGACGCUCUCGACAUGUUAGAUGCAGAAAUGGGAAAUCGAGGCCUAGACAAAAUUUACGUGUACAUAAGGAUGCAAAAUCCUCUCAAGAUAUAAUUUCGGAGAAAGCGAGUACAGGAAGCGAAGAAGUAUUCACUGCAGUAAGAUUUGCUAAGAAAGUGGUCAUACAGAAUUCCUCAACUGUUAGCCAAUCUCAGGAACUUGCAAGUGCUCAAGUAGUAUAUGACAAAGAAUCGAUAAGUACAACCGGAGAAAAUUCUGAUCCCGCAAACGAAAGUUCAACUAAUCGUGAACAGCAAGAUGAUGUACCAGAGGAACAUGUACCAAACAUCCAUCAAGAUGACGAUGGCUUUGAGAGUUUAAAUGGUAAUGUUUCCAGUGAUAAUGACAAAGUGAUAGGCCGCGCACUGGUGCAGAGAAAUAAGUCACGACUGGGUGUAGCACAACAGAGUAAAGAUCAUAUGUCAUGGUCGGAAGACAGCACUGGCCAACAAAUUUCGACAAAGAACUCAGCACCUGACCCAUUAAAAAAUGAUGACAAUUUUACGGAUAGCAAAAGCAAUAUUCACGGCAAUCUUAAGGAUAAAGAUGCUUCAACGAAAGUAUUGGGAUCAAGAGAGACACGGCAGCAGUGCGAGAGCGAGGAAGAAGGCGAGUGUGAGGAAGCUACGACGCAUCAUCUCACGGAGGCAACAACUUCCGCCACGGAAUGGAUGGGAGUAACUACCAACAGUGACGAGUGUAGUUACAGCUCGGAACUCGGGGAAUCCGACUUGGCCAGCGAGACUAAUCUCAACUAUGGAGAGUUUGUGGAGCAUCCUUUCUCAUGGGAAUUUGAGUUACCGCCUUCGAUAUUAUUUAAUUCUACUUGCACAUCGUCCGAUCGCGUUUCGUGUACGAUUUGGACGCGGCGUGAUAUUAAAAAGGCUGAAUUAUCAGUGCUCGAUAUCAGUUCAGCGAUUAUCGCCAGAGUCGAAUCCAUGCCGGAGGGCAUGAAUUACUUUUACGGCGGUCUGAUACUCAGCGUCGCAUUAUGUCUCAUACCAUCGAUAAAACGGCUGAGUGAUCACAUUGGAUCAGAUAACAUCGGUAAUGCGUCCGUUAGUCUUUUGCCAAGUGAUAUGAUUCAGGUGAACUUUGAAACCUACACGGAUGUCUUGUGCAGAAUAAUUGGUAUCGCAUUCGGGAGCACUUUUUGGGAACGAACAGUGGUGCUAAUUUCAACGUUCGAACGAUUUAUGCUGUCAUGCUGUCUGUUUUUCCUGUUAGCAGUAGCGGAGCGAACGUACAAACAAAGACUUUUGUAUGCAAAAUUAUUUUCUCACUUAACAUCAUCCAGACGCGCGCGAAAGUCUGACCUGCCGCACUUCCGUUUGAAUAAAGUGCGCAAUAUAAAGACAUGGCUUAGCGUCAGAUCUUACUUGAAGCGAAGAGGUCCGCAACGAUCUGUAGACGUAAUUGUUUCAGCAGUGUUUAUUGUUACAUUAUUACUGCUGUCAUUUGUAAGUUUGGAAUUGAUUAAAGAUCUCGAAAGUCUGCACUCACGAUACAAUGUGGAAGCAUUAUUCUGGAGCUUCUCGCUUGGGAUAUUUAUAUUACGGUUUAUGACAUUAGGAACAAAGAUCAACAAAAAGUACAGAAAUCUCUCGGUAUUGAUAACUGAACAGAUCAACUUAUAUUUGCAAAUUGAGCAAAAACCACAUAAGAAGGAAGAGCUUAUGGUUGCAAAUAGCGUAUUGAAAUUAGCGGCUGACUUAAUAAAGGAAUUGGAGAGCCCAUUCAAAAUCUCUGGGCUGUCGGCUAAUCCGUAUCUAUACACCAUUACUAAGGUGGUGUUGCUGUCGGCACUCUCAGGAGUGCUUUCGGAACUGCUUGGUUUCAAGCUGAAACUACAUAAAAUAAAAAUCAAAUAGAGAAAUGUAAGAUAUGAUACGUGAGGGACAAGUCAUUGUCUAUCAAUCUCAGACUAUCUGCUGGAUUUGAACUUAAUCUAUCCUCAGCGAAAAUCGUUUGGCUUAAUAUUAUACUUAGUUAACUUUAAGAUACUUUAGAUUCGAGACUGUAAGUAAACAAAACCUUAUUUAACUAGUCAAAUUAAUGACAAUUCAAUAUAAUACUCAAUAUAUUCAAAAUUUAAAAAAGUUCGUAUUAAAAAAAGAUUUAUAGUUCUCACUAAAAAAAAUUAUUUCAAAUUUAUCAAAAAAUUUGAAGAAAAAAAGCAUAUGACUUUUCUUCUACACACAAUUCUUUGCUACAUGACUUUACUUCAUUUAUAUUGGAAGAAAGAUUGCAUAUUAUAUAUUAAUAAAAUAAUGAACAUAUUUCAUUAAAUUCAUGGCCAACUAAUUUAGCAAGAAAAAAUUAUAAUACGAGGGUGGCUCAAUAAUUAUUCGGAAUAUAUAAAAUUUAUUAAAAACGAAGUAAAAAAACUUACAAGUACAUCGCUUUGCAACGUAAUAUUUCCCCUUGCUUUCUAAUACGUAAUCUACAAAUUUAUGUGUUGAAAAGCAACGAGACUAUUUUGCGUAAUGACAUGAUGUAGCUUUUCUAUCGUUCUUAUAAAUUUUUUUAAUAUAUUUCGGAUAAAAUUACUUAUAUCCUCGUAUGUAGAUGAAAUCACUAACGCACACAUUUAACAAAGCAAUACAUUAUUGUAUGCUAUCUGAAUAUUGAUUAGCCUAUAACUUUUCGAGUUAUUGUAUAUUAUUAUUUUAUCACUAUUAGCCUACUAUGUUUAAUGUUGAAAAUUGUAUUAAAAAAAUUCUUGCACUUAAUGAAGAUGUGUAGAGUACUUGGAAUUUUUUUCAAUGUACAGUAUAAUUAUAUAUUGAAAAGGGCUCGACUGUGUAAGGACUUCCCUCAAGAGUUUUUUUUUAUAGUUUUAAAUUAAAAUUUUCUGAAUGUUGUAGUAAAUUAAUGUUGUUGUGAAUGGAAAACAUUCUAUUUUGUAUAUUAUCUUGCAUCUAUUUUAGCAAUUCAGAUUAUAGUAUCUAUUCGGACGAACAUAUUCACGAGCUUAAUUAAUGAUAACGAGAUCACUCAUCACGUAUAUCCUUAAGGCUAUGUAUGAGAGCGAAUCAAUAAUUGUCUUAAAUAUAUAUAUUUGUAAAAUUUAUUCAUAGCCCUAAUUUACAUUUACAUUAUUUUUUAACAUAGUUGCUUUUCGUCCAGUGUCCCAUAAAUUUAUUUGUGCUCUCAGAAGAAAAAUAUUUUUGAUCGAUUUCUCAGUUAAGCAUCACUUUUUUCAUAUUUUUAAUCGAUGAUAAGAGGAUGACUAAAAAUAGAUAGAAAUUCAAAGAAAUGAUUAUUAUUUGAGAAUGAUAUUUUUUACUGUUCGUUUUCUAUUCAAAGACAAUUCAAAGAAAUUUGCCUCAUAGGUCAUAAACAAGCCCUCAGACCACAAAUUUAUGCUGGACUAAAAACAAGAGGAAAAUAAAAAAAUAAUGUAAAUCUAAAAAUGUAAAUUGGAGCUUUAAUAAAUUUUAAUACAUUCUGGAUAAUUAUUAAUCGUUAUAUAAUUUGAUGACUUGCAAUAUAUUUUCGUAGAGAUAAAAUGUAUUUGAAAUGCGUGCAUAAGUAUAUUCAAGAAUUUAGAAUACAUUUGAGGCAUAUGUAAAUACUGUAUUACGAGAUAGAGUAUGUAUUAUGAGAAAAAUGGUACCUGUGCGAUAAUAAGAUUGAAUGUAAAUUAUUUUUCAAACAUGUUUAAACUUGAAAAAUAGAAGAAAUAAAAGCAAUUGUAUGUA